CUAGGCACUUUCCCAUUAUCUCCCUCUGUCUCUCUCUCUCUCUAUACCUGUACCUAUCUAUAUAUAUAUAUAGACGCAUACGAGUUGAUAGCCAAGCAAUAUCCAGAUCAGUUUUAACUUCAAAAUCAGAACACAAAACACCCAUUGAAAUUUGAAAUGGUUACACCAACCAAAACAGCAGUGUUUUUGAUGGUGCUCUUCUUGGCAGCACCAACUUUUCAGAAAACAAACGCAGAAGAUCACGACGUCGGCGACGAUACCGAUUGGCAAAUCCCUAACGACGUUAAUUUCUACUCCAACUGGGCUGCCCAAGAAACCUUCAGAGUGGGCGACACGCUUGAGUUCGAAUUUACAACUGGACAGCAGGAUGUUGCGGAAGUCACCAAGGAAGCUUUUGACACGUGCAACACCUCCAAUCCCAUCUCUCUUAUGAGGACCGGACCAGCCACUUUCAUCCUCAACGCUACCGGUACCCGCUACUUCAUCUGCACACUUCCCAAUCACUGUACCAGAGGUCAGAAAUUAGCCAUUAACGUCCUUGGUGCCAACGCUCCCCCUGCCCACACACUGGAUCCGGAAGAUCAUGAUGUCGGUGACGAUGCCGAUUGGCGAGUCCCUAACGACGUCAAUUUCUACGCUGCCUGGGCUGCGCGACAAAUCUUCAGAGUUGGCGACACACUCGAGUUCGAUUUUACCACCGGAGAGCAGGAUGUUGCGGUCGUCACAAAGGCAGCUUUCGACGCUUGCAACCCUUCUAAUCCUAUCUCUCUUUUCAAAACUGGACCUGCAAAGAUUUUCCUCAACACCACCGGUGCCCACUACUACAUCUGCACGUUUCCAAACCAAUGUACCAGAGGCCAGAAACUAGCCAUUAAUGUCGUCGGUGCUAAUGGUCCGGUCACCCCGACGCCGGCUACCCCUGCUUCUCCUGGGACACCAACUCCCACUGCGCCUGCUACUCCGACUACUCCAGCUUCUGAACAGGCUAACUCCACGAGGCCUGGGACAUCCACUGUGCCCAGCUCUGCCUCUGCUCGAUCUAUAGCUACUGUCUUGGUUAUCUGGAUGCCUUUUGUGAUAGGGUGGUUGUGCUAGACUGGGACUGGUGCGUGUGCUAUUAUUAUGUUCAUUCCUUGACGGUGUCUCUGUAAUAUGAAGUUGAUGGAUUAGUAAUAAUUUUUGUGGUUGGUUAUGUAAAAA